UGUAAGUCUGGUUACCAUGGUAAUAAAUGUGAUACACUAUGUCCUACUAAUUGUAAUGGUGGUUGUAUCCAGAAUAAUGGUGAUUGUGUAGCUUGUAGUGAUGGUUAUUGGGGUAUAAAAUGUCAGUCACAAUGUCCUACAAACUAUAAAUGUGAAAAGCGAUGUUCAAUUAACUGUAAAUAUCAUUCCUCUAUUACUUGUUAUAAAACUAGUGGUAAAUGUAACUCUGGUUGUAAAGAUACAUGGUAUGGUGAUACAUGUAAUAAUAAAUAUUGUCCCAAUGGAACAUAUGGAUUAAGAUGUAGCUCUACCUGUGGUAAUUGUUAUAACCAAACUAUCUGUCAUAUCGUAACUGGUAGUUGUGAUCUAGAGCUGGGCUGUGAAGCUGGUUUUCAAGGACCAACUUGUAAA